GGCCUCCCCUAGUAGCCUCCCCUCCUCACACAGCCCCAGGCUUCCAGAGCGUCUGGAGGAGCUCUCCGGGCUUUUGGAGCCCUCAUGGGACACAGCGCCACCAUGACCCUCGUUCAGCAUUCCGCUGCUCUGCCCCUCGAGGACCCUGGGCCUGCACUGGUGUUCGGGAGUCCCUGACCCAUGAGCCUGGGUGCCAAGGUAUGAAGCCCGUCGUCCUGAUCGAUUUUCACCUGUGGAACCACGCUUUCAUUCAUGGGCCAGGUCUCACUUGGCCAUGACGUACAGUUGUUCUGAGAUGUGCUGGGUUCAGUCUGCUACGAUUUGCCAGAGCGGAGACAGACACCCAGACUUUACCUCCCAAGGAGGAGAUGAACAGCCGUGAAUCAGGCCUCCUCCAUCACAUGUCAACGCACACAGUGACAAGCCUGGGACAGAGUUAGGGCUGGGCAGGAAGGCGCCCCAGGAGGCCGGGGGCAGAGUGGACAGCUGCGGGAUGAGGAGGAGGCUCUGACCAGAGUCCGCACCCUAAGCUGGGCCACCCUUACCAGGCUCUGAAGACACCAUGAGGGGGGCUUCCUGUCUCGGGGUCUUGGUCCUACUGCUGCUGGGAGCUGCUGGGACAGCGACGCGGGAGUCUGCAGCCUGCGGGCAUCCCCAGGUGUCGAGCCGGAUCAUAGGAGGCCGGGACGCCCGGGUCGGACAGUGGCCGUGGCAGGCGAGCAUCCAGCACCGCGGGGAGCACGUGUGCGGGGGUUCGCUCAUCGCCCCGCAGUGGGUGCUGACCGCGGCGCACUGCUUCCCCAGGCCGACGCUGCCGUCCGAGUACCGCGUGCUUCUGGGGGCGCUGCGCCUGGUCCCCGCCUCGCCCCGCGCACUCUCGGAGCCCGUGCGCAGGGUGCUCCUGCCCCCAGACUUCUCCGAGGACGGCGCCCGCGGCGACCUGGCGCUGCUGCAGCUGCGCCGCCCGGUGCCCCUGAGCGCCCGCGUCCAGCCCGUGUGCCUGCCCGAGCCCGGGGCCCGCCCGCCCACCGGCACACCGUGCUGGGUCACCGGCUGGGGCAGCCUGUACCCGGGAGUGCCCCUUCCAGACUGGCGACCUCUGCAGGGAGUCAGGGUGCCACUGCUGGACAGGCGCACCUGUGACCAUUUGUACCACGUGGGCACCGACGUGCCCGGCACUGAGCGCAUCGUGCUGCCGGGAAGCCUGUGUGCGGGCUAUGUCCAGGGCCGCAAAGACGCCUGUCAGGGUGACUCUGGGGGACCCCUGACCUGCAUGAGAUCUGGGCGCUGGGUUCUGGUGGGCGUGGUGAGCUGGGGCAAGGGCUGUGCCCUGCCCAACCGUCCAGGCGUCUACACCAAUGUGGCCACUUACAGCCCCUGGAUUCAGGCUCGCCUUAGCCUCUAAUGCAGUCACACUGACCUGGAGCCAGAGGCCGGGGUCCCUCUGAGGACCUGCACAGUACCCCCACCUUGUACCUCCGACUUGAGGCUCAUGGGUGGUAUCAUCCACCAGUCCAUCACCGUCUCCUCUAUAGGGCCCACCAAGCCCUAGCCACCAGUCCUCCUCCAGAAGCCUCCCGUGGGGGAGGGGGUGUGUGCUGUGUCACAAUCCCUCCCUUCCCCUCCCCUUCCCGCUCAUAUUUACCCUUCUCAGCUCCCGCCCCUGGGUGCCCAGAGACAGGCAAGUCAGCUGGUGCACCGUCUGGCCUCUGGGCCCCAUUUAUCUGUUUGUCUGGAGGAAGUCGGGGACAGUCAAAGUAUGAGAGGGAAUCAGGCCCAGGAGAUGCUUCUCCAUGGCUGUGGGGGAUCCCCAGUUGACAGCCAGUGGGGAAGCGCCUCCCUGCCACAACCGGAAGGAGCUGAAUGAACCUGGGACCCAGUGCCCCCCCCAUGCCCCCAGGCCUCCAGCUGAGAGCCCAUCAGGCCACCCCACAGGCCAAGCCCUUGAACCCGGUGGAGCCCUCCCAGACUUGUGGCCCCCAGAGCUGUGACUUAAUAAAUGCAGGUGUUGCAGGCUGC